AGACGUGUGAACAACAAACAGUUGUUGGACUUCAACAAGCUAGCGAAUGGCACUGCUAGAUAAAAACUGGUUCAACAGACUUCUCCCGGAUAGAGAGGGACCUACGGGACCUACCCGGUCGGAAUAUCAUUAGUAUAAUCUCAUUAUAGUUAACGCUGUUAGUGCUGGCAAGUCUAGCGUCGGUACGGUUCCCUAGCGCCAACGUUAGCCACCGAAACAUGCCCAUUGCUCGGAGUGUGACGCCUGUUUUUUUUCUGGCUGCCGCUGGUCGAGGGUAGUGAUGCGAGCCGAGCUGCAGCGCGACAGAGGGUGAGACAAGAGCUAUUACCGGAAAAUAUUUUUCUCGGCACAGGAGAAUGGACUUUGUCGUGGGGAAGCAGACGAGCUCACUCAAAGAAGCAGGCAUGCGACCGCACACGGGCCUGGAUGUCAUUGUUGGGCAACAACUUUAGCAAGCUAGCUAACGUUAGCUCUCUCAAAUUCAUGCAAAUGAAUCAGUUUGGUAUCGGGCAGUAAGCUCACUUUGCUAGCGUAAUGGAGGCACCCUGAGUGACUUGUUCAUUUGAAUUGACUGUCCUGGUCCUGUUAAAUACUGCCGGCAAUGUGCUGACGACUAGGGAGCCUUUAGUCGGUUCCCACUUGGAGCAUAAGGACACGGUUGGCAGAAAUUAUUAAGUGCUGGUUGCCUGCCUGGGUGAUAGUUUAGCAAAGUUGCCUGGCUUGGCAAAGAAAUAAUUACUGAAACUAUCUAUUUCGCGCGGGUAUCACAUAUUUCUUGCAUUGAUAUUUGUGUGAUAUUGCACUUUAAUUAAUUUUUCAAGGAUGCACCAAAAUGACCUGUGAUUCGGGGGUUGGUGAAAAUUAAAAUUUAAAUCGCCGUCAAUACAACAAACCAUUCAAGGUAUAGGAAUAAUUUUCUGAUUGCACUUGCAUAUAAUUUGGUAAAUUAAGGACCAGGAUAGGUGCACAUCUACGUAUAUUGUUGUGAAAGACUGGCUCAUCCAUUUAAUCUGGCUCCUAGUUGCUGUUGAACCUAAUAUCUAGGCUGUCUGGCACAGUUAAAGACUGAGUUUCACUGGAAAUGAAAACAUGAAUAUCGAAGAGCAGUGUUUAGAUUUGUGCAAUGUCAAGACAAAAGGCAAUGUUGAUGAUGAUCACAACACUACUAACAACACAGAAGGGGUCACCCCUCGGAUCUCUGAACUGAUGACAGAUAGUAACACAGAAAAGCAAAAUACUGUUCCCACGGAGGCCUCUGAAACGUACCUGAUGCCUCAGCUCACUGACAACCUUCAGACAGCUGAGGAGGAUAACCACCAGGUACAAGACACACUGGAAAUUGAUGAGGUCAAUGGAAACAGAAAAAGCAGUGCCAUAGACACCCCUCUGAUAGCGAAUCCCACUGACUUGAUCUUUUCUAAUGAUGAGCAGCACAAGAACGAUAUUGGGGUGGAGCAAAUGAAGGAAGAGAAAGACACUGAUCCUGUUGUGGGUAAAGGGGAUGAUGGUGGGGACAUGGACAUGGGUGUGGAUUUGAGUCUGGAUGAGAGUGGGGUGCUGGAAGCUGAAUCGACAAACGUCAGGUCAUUGUCAGACAAUACUUUAGACUCAGAGUCCACGUCUCAGGAUGUCCCAGUGGGCAGCACGGCAGAAAGUCCGUCAGAUGCAAGCCAGACGAGUAGCACAGAGGCUUCUGCCACAGACCAGGCUGGACUGUACCCCUCGGUGGAGGAGGAGGACAAUAAACAGAAACCAAGUGGCAAAAGGGUGACAUUUCCCUCAGAUGAGGACAUUGUCUCUGGAGCAGUGGAGCCCAAGGACCCCUGGAGACAUGCUCAGAAUGUGACAGUGGAGGAGAUCGUCUCUUCCUACAAACAGGCCUGUCAGAAACUCAACUGUAAACCUAUACCCAAAGUGCUCAAACAGAUACAGGAACUGAAAGACCUGACACAGCGAAAUGAAUGCUUAGAUCUCAAAGGUGAGAAGCUGGACUACAAAGCAUGUGAGUCUCUGGAAGAGAUUUUGAAGAGGGUCCAGUUUAAAGUGAUAGACCUGGAGCAGACCAACCUGGAUGAAGAUGGUGCAUCAGCUCUGUUUGACAUGAUAGAGUAUUAUGAGUCAGCCACACAUCUCAACAUCUCCUUCAACAAGCACAUUGGCACUCGAGGAUGGCAGGCUGCCGCUCACAUGAUGAGAAAGACGAGCUCUCUGCAGUAUCUCGAUGCACGUAACACUCCUCUGCUGGACCACUCGGCUCCCUUUGUAGCACGAGCACUCAGGAUCAGUGGCAGCCUGGCAGUCCUCCACCUGGAGAAUGCUGGCCUGUCCGGCAGGCCACUCAUGUUACUGGCUACGGCUCUGAAGAUGAAUAUGAACCUGCGGGAGUUGUACCUUGCAGACAACAAGCUCAAUGGCCUGCAGGACUCAGCCCAACUUGGCAACUUGCUCAAAUUCAACUACAACAUCCAGAUCCUGGACCUGCGUAACAACCACAUCCUGGACUCUGGUCUGGCUUAUGUGUGCGAAGGACUAAAAGAGCAGAGGAAAGGCCUCGUCACUUUGGUGCUAUGGAACAACCAGCUCACACACAAUGGGAUGGGUUACCUCGCUGCUGCACUGCCAUGCACCCAGAGUCUUGAAACUCUGAACCUUGGCAAUAACUCGGUGGGUAACGAAGGGGUCCACAAGCUGAAAGACGGACUGAUUGCCAACCGCUCUGUGCUCAGACUGGGCCUCGCUUCUACCAAACUGUCCUGCGAAGGAGCUGUGGCUGUGGCUGAAUUCAUCGCUGAGAGCCCCAGACUGGUGCGUCUGGACCUUCGAGAGAAUGAGAUCAAGACAGGUGGACUGAUGGCCCUGUCGCUCGCCAUAAAAGUCAACACCUCUCUGCUACGUCUCGAUCUCGACCGGGAGCCCAAGAAAGAAACUGUGAAGAGUUUCAUUGAGACCCAGCGCGCCCUGCUUUCUGAGAUCCAGAACGGCUGCAAGAGGAACUUCAUCCUGGCCAAAGAGAAGGAGGAAACCGAGCAGAAGAUGAGGCAAUCAGCCUCCAUGGCUGAAAUCGCCACAGAGGAUGGAACUAGAGAACAGGAGGAGGAAGCAACAUCUGGGGAGAGAGCUGAUGGAGGGGGGAAAGGGGGAGAAGAAGAGGAAGGGGGUGGAACAACAGGAAAUGAAGGACAGACAAGCAACCAGGCGGGAGCAAGCUCUGCGAUCGUUACUCAAGUAAAUCUGGAGUCGGACUCGGACACUGAGGAUGAAGAGGAAGAGGAGGUGAUAACAAAGUCCUCCUCCACGUCAAACUCCUACACUCAUUCAAACCAGACUGCUCCUCAAACCCGGAAAGCGGCUGCACCUCCCCCCCUUAGUGCCUCAUGUACGUCAUCAUCCCAGUCUGCUUCACCUGCUGGAGGGCCAAGUCUCAUUUCUGGCAUCACAGUCACAGAAUCCGCAGUUCCUCCUGGCACCCCUCCAUCUCCUGGUCGCUGUAUAUCAGUCUCAAGCCCAGGGAGGGGACAUAAGAUCUUCAUGGUAACCCGGGUGGAGAGCCCCCCUGAGCAGCAGCAGCUACAACUCCCGUUAAGUGCACCAGCAGCUCCCAGCCAAACUAAAGAGGCUUCAAAGAAGCCUGUAGAAACAAACACACAGCCCAUCACACAGCAGACACAGCCCCUGCCUGCACCUCAAACACCUACACAAACACAGCUGACACAGGAGGACAUGAAGGAGCGCUCACCUGCUCCGUCAACAGACUGUAAACUGACAGAGCAGAGUCCUGUAGCACACUCAGAAUCUGCAGUAAAUACUACACAGACCCACACACUAGAGCCACAGUGUCAACCCAGAGAGGAUGUAACAGCUAAUACCUUAGACCCAGAAGUGAAAGAUCCAAAUCCACAAGCACCAGCCCUGCCUUCAGAUUCCUCCCCGGUGCAGGCUGCAGCAUUUCAGCUCACUGAGGAGGUAAUAAAGAGCACCAAAAUCCCCCAACUUGAGCCCACUUGUGAAGAGGGAGAGAAGGAAGGAGAGGCGCAAGAGGAAGACCCUAUGGAAGAUGAAAGAGAGGUAAUGUCCCCUGAUAGCACAGAAGAAGAGUGUAAACAGUUAGGAGAACUGAGUCAAACCCAGGAUAGCAUCCCUGCAGUAGACACACAACAGCAACAGUUAACAUCUGCAGCUGAACAGCUACAGAAUGAGCUAGCAUCUGCAUCAGAGGACACGCAGUCACCAAACCAAACGGAGGAAGAAGACAGAGAGGAGGCACUUAAACACAAAGAGAAGCAGGAAGCACCAGCCAGCUUGUCAGAAAUCAAAAAGCCCAGUUUAACGGAGAAAGAACACAGCCUGCCAAAUCAAGAGCAACCAAAUGAAAAGCAGCAAAUAGAAGCAGAUGAACAGAGAGCAGAGUCUGUUCUCUCUGUCCAGACUGAUCAACAGGCACAAUGUGUCAUUCAGAGUGGAGCACACGAGACAAAUCCUCAAGCAGACGAAGCCUCCGAGAGUCCCGAAUCUGCCACGACCUUCUCUGUCUUCUCAGUUGAAGGGGAGGAUUCACCCGAUGAGAGCUCUUCAGAUGAGGUCGAGUGUUUCGCCGAGGCUCUAGAGGGAGAGGUAGUUGGUUCAGCGCUUCCCAACGGCCUGAAGCCCGAGUUCUCUCUCCAUCUCCUUGAUGCUGAAAGCCCCAAGCCCAGCAGCUGUGUGAUGGAGCACGUGAGUGUCAGCUGUGGACAGGACCUAGAGGAGCUGCUGCUAGAAGCCAGUUUGGAUACGGGGAGAGAUGCACCAUGAGGUUGUGAGGGACCGCAAGGACAGGAGAAAACGGCACUCAGAUAGUUUGUCUGGCUCUACUACGUGACUGUUGGCCCUACAAUGUUUUUCUCGUUUCUUUUACUUUACCAACAACAUGAUGUUUCCAUAAAGGACAAAAGACCUGGUGUUACAGUUGAAGCUCUUAUACACAAAAAUACAAGCAAAUUAUGGGAAAGACACAAAGGACAAAAUCAACCUCUCGAGCUUGGCUGUGACAAAUAAGGAAUCCUCUACAUCCACACUACAUCAACCACUGAAUCACAUACAUGUGCACACUGAGUAUGAGAAAGAGGGGGGAAAAAGAGAAAUAAAAUCACACUGUUAUCACUACAUUUUGUCAAUCUGAAAUCUUUACACGCAACGCAACCACCUGUGGGAGAGAAAGAAGAGAGAUGGGGGACAAAGGAGGGAGGAUAAAACACUAACCAAAGACAGAUCACAGACCUUUCUCACAGCCCAUACUCGCUCUCCUCUGUAGAUUUACACUGUAGUUGGAGAAAUAACUAGCAAUUAAAGGUUUUUCAUAACACAUACACAAAGAUAUAACGGUGAUGAUAAGAAAAGGGUGGUUGAUGGCACACUCAGACAAGACAAAAUAACGGUGACGGACCGGUGAUGGACCGGCGAUGGACCCUGCCGAGUGGACCUGCUGGCUUUAAACACUUGUUCUAGGGGUGGAAGUAGGUCACCGUCAAAGGCUUUUAUAACCACGGACGCUGAAGAGGUUAACGUGUCUGUUUAAAUGUCAACGUUUUAUGUCUGUGUCCCCACUCCCACUCAUUCUCCCCCUUUGGAAAAAAAAAACUAAGGGACCUCUGCCAAAGUGACUUCCCCUCUUGUCUGUUUUCUCGUCCUCUGCUCACUUUGGCCCCUCAGGAAUCAGUGUCCCCCCCCUCUGGUCAGUCUCUUCAGACCUAAUGUGGAGGAAUCGCGACUGUAUCCCGCCUGUCUCCGCUUUUUGAGAGUCACAAAGCUGAAAAACCCAGAACUUCUGCGAAUGUCGGAAAGCAAUGCUGUCUGCUUUUGAUUGAGUUGUUUACAGUAGAAAAAGAAAAAGGUCGUUUGUCUUUGAUUAUCUGCAACUUCAGACACUAUUAUUGCUUUAUUCAACCAGUCAUUGUUGUGUAAAACUCUUUCAAGAAAAGCAGCUCGAUCUCUGUCGUCAUCUCCCCUCUCCAUCCUCAUGUCCCUCAGUCUUCCAUUGGUACUUUGUGCCAUCUCACCUCUCUGCUCCAGCUCACAUUCAUGUUGCCUUCAAACUCACCACUUCAGAUUCAGUCUUUGUUUUUUGUUUUUUUUGUUUGGCUGCUUUGAGAAAUUAGUUAUUUUGUAUUUAUUUUAUAGCUAUAUGAGCCUUUUCUGAUUUAUUUUCCCCCCCUUUUCUUCUUCACCCCUCCUCAUUUUAUCUUUUCUUUUCCAUUUGGGGGUUGCUUUUAAAGGUUGCCCUCCUUUUUGUUGUAUAUUUCAGAUUCAAACUAGAGCAAAUAUUUAGGUUUUUUUUUUUUUUUUUCGUUUUUUGUUUUUUUUGUUUUGUUUUUUUGGAGGGGGAGGGGGCAAAUCCUUGUUGGGAGGAAAGGUAAAUAUGAUUGAAUGGUUGAUAUUGAUAACAGUCGGGGUGCAGUACUGAAAGCGAAUACAAUGACACUUCAAACAUAAUCAAAAUCCUUGUUGUUGCUUUAAUGCUACUCUGCUGGGUGAAGCUGUUGCCACAUGGGGGCGCUGGUGGUUGUUUUCUUUUUUUCCCUACAGUGGAGCCAGAACAAAGAAUAUCACGGUAUCAUAUUAAAACACACUGCAGGCGCUAAAGUCUCUGUUCAAAUCCAACUCCUGUCCUGAAUUUUCCAGAGCAAGGCAGUAAAACUUUAAAAACAAAUGUAAACUUCAUGUAUGUUUGUGAAGAGAGCUGGUUUGCCCUGCUUUGAAUUUUUUCCCGAGACAGAUACAGGCAGGUGUGUUAUUUGUUUUUGUUUUGUUUUUUCUUCUGAAAAGGAGCAUAUUUCGACCCUCCUGCUCUUCUCCACCCAACAGAUAGUUUGCCCCCACUGUUUGUAAUGCUUUAAUUUUUAGAAAUUUUUAAUAAUAAUUUGUUAACUUAAUUGAAAUGUGCUGGUAAUCACAAAGAUAUGUAUGGCGAAAUUUGUUCCUCUCAAAUAAAUGCAUGUAAUGACUAAUGAUAUGACUGAAUGAUUCAAUUAAAUUACUCAGUAUAGAAUGUCAAAAUGUCUAAACACUGCAGAUGAAUACAUAAAUCAAAUAUGUGUACAGAUCAGGUUUGGUUUGGAUGUUUGGAUACAGCUGGUGGUUCUUUUUCAAAUGUGUGAUUUGGGUUGACUAGCUAACCACAUCCACUGUAUAAAAUCUCUUGAUCAUUAGCUCAUGGGUAGCUAGCGAAGAUAUAUCAAAGUAAUAUUGUAUGUAUUUGAAUUUCAGCAGGUUCAAUUUUUGUUUACAUUUCCAAAGACUGUGUUUGAGGUCUAAUUUGUUUAUUUAUUUAAUCCUUAUCCUCCUCCUGCUGAACUGCCAAUGUAGGUGAGGGAGGGGAGUUCAGUGUUGUGCUUUACUUGCCAAGCCACACACAUUUUUUGUCAUCCAAUCAAAUUUCAGAGAUUCCAUUCAAAUCGUUUUGUAUUGAACCCACCCUUAUAUAUAAGUCUCUAAAUAACAUCCCUAUACUGGAGGUAAAGCUUUGUUUAUGGAGUUACUGUAAAGUCAUCAUACGACUUCGACAUUUUUUCUGAAAGCUCCGUUAUAUUUGACGCAGCACUUACUAACACAAAACUGACUGAAAUCAACGCAAGUGUGGACUCCUCACAUAAGCCAAAGACUAUUGUUCAAUGUAAUUAAACCCACAUUUAAUAGAUAUGGUGAUAUAUUGUCAAGUACAGGAGAAUAUUUUUAAUUCACACAACAGUUUUGAUUUGUCAGAUGCUCGCAAGUUGUUAGAUGGGAAUCACAGCAUAAAGAUGCUCUAAAUGUUGACAUCAGCAGGCAAACAUGUUGACAAUGUUUAUCAUGUCAAAUAUCUUAGUUUAGCAUGUUAAUAUGCUAUUUGCAAAUGAAUAUAAAAGAAAAAAUAAGGCUGAUGGAAAUGUCAUUACUUUGGCAGGUAUUUGGUCAUAAACCAAAGUGAUAAUUUGAAAGUUUGCAUGAUGAUGGCGUUUGAUUAAAAGUCAGAGGAUCACCAAAAUCAUCAGGAUUCACCAACCCCAUGAGCCAUGUCUGUACAAAAUUUCAUGGCGUUCCCUCUGAUGGUCGUUGAGAUAUUCUAGUCUGGAGCAAAGUGGUGGGGCAGCUGACACUGCCAUAGAGCCACACCGCUGUAAAUGCAACAUCUCUAUCCAGAAAGUAGUUCCACAACCUGUGGGUCCGGAUCUCACAACUGAUCAUAAGUUAAAUCUGAAUGAUCACAUAAAUGUUAACAAGUUAAGAAAAGUAACCCGUUACCAAUUCAUUUUUCAGACGUUCCUCCAAUUUUUGCUUUUGUUGUCGUAAUUUUUGGAAAAUUGUAGGUUUCGUGUCUUUUUAAAAAAUAUUCAAAUAAAACAAAGGAAAAAAAUAAUUUUGGUUGAACUGGUGACCAAUCGUGAGGGGCCACAAGUAGAUGUUGCUUCAGUUUAAGGCGGAACUCAUUAUGGAAAGAGAAAUUUAUGCAGAAACUUCCUCUCAGCGGGUGUGACGUGGUGGUGAGGGGUGAGGGGGUUCACGUCUCUUGGGUGCAGGGUGUGUUGCCAUGGCAGGGGGUCGAGUACAGUGUGGGAGCUCUGCUCUGUAUGUCUCCUCUGAAGGAAUUCCAGAGCGCACUAAUCCACUCCUACACUAUAAUGCUCCAGUAAUACAGGAGAUUGUGGGAAAGUCAGAAGUUAUUAAAAAGCGAUUUUUAGUGACCCUUCAUUACUUACAAGACCCCAGUGUGUUGAAUGUCCCUAACAUGUAACAGGGUCCUUUGUUCUUAUAUCUAAAGCCAACGGCCAGUCUUUCACUUGUAUGACUAGCCUAAAUAUAUCGUUUCCAACCAUUUCCUAUGACCCCUCAAAAUGAAGAAAUAUCUGCUGUGGCAACUGUCAAGAUUAAAUCUGUGCAACUACUUUGUUUUCCAAUUACUUUUUGAACAGAUAAGUAAAAGUCACAAGAGCCCUGUGGUUAAGCUUAGGGAAAGAUUGUGUUUCCAUUAAAUGUAAACAUGUUGUGUCCUGUGCUUCAAAUCACUGUUAACUUUUUCAGUGUUGGACCAAAGCUACAAUUUUUCCUUACCUUACCUAAGUGCUGGUUAAGGUCUAAGGACAGAGGCUGUUGUAUGUUGGUAUGUUACACUGGUCUACGUUAGUAAAAUUGACUUGACUUGCAGUGAGUGCCUAAACAUAACCGUCAAAACAUUUUGAUCAUGCUUUAGUUGCUAUGAGCAGAUAUUGUAGAAAAACAAAUGAAACGCAUAGUAAAUGAACAUUUAGUAGAUACAUUUAUUAAUGUUUUAAUAAUUUAAAAAUAGUCAUUUACAGAUCAUUACUUAUUAUUUUUAGGGGCUAGACACUAAAACUAUCUGGUUAUUUCACAAGAUGAAGCAAUAAAUUGAGUUAGCUUAGAGACUGAUUGGUUGCCUGGCAACCUCACAUUGACAAUAAAACUUACCAAUGCUGGCAGGCGGACUGUUUAACUGUUAGACAGAGGCAGGCUAGCUGUUUCCCCCUGUUUCCAGUCUUUAUGCUAAGCUAAGCUAACCAUCUGCUGAAGGUAGCUUCAUAUUUAGCGUACAGACAUGAGAGUGGUGUGAAUAAACUGAUCUAACAUCUAACUCUCUGCAAAACAGCAAAUAAGUGUAUUUCACAGAAUGUGAGACUAUUCCUUUAAUCAUCCUGAGGGAUAGUUUCUUUAACAUAGGCAGCCUCCUUCACUCCUCUUUCAAACUACCUGUCCUCCCUAUCCAAAAUAUGCACGUUGUUGUUCUCGUGGGAGUGUCUCUUCUCCCUCAGGUGAAGGUAAACUGCUGAUUCUUGACCUGAGGUGUUGGUCCCCCUGUGUUGAGCCAUGUGUUUUUCUAAUGGUUGUUUAGUUUCUACCAAGUUAGGGAAACUAAACAAACACAUGUUUGGGCCAUACGUUUGUUCAAGUGUUGUUUAGUUUCACCAAGUGUUUUUUUUCAUCCUAAAAGAAUUGAUAGUGUGUUUAGAACAAAUGUUAUUGUUAGACACUGAAAUUAUCGGUUUGAAAGGAUGUUGCACGACACUGCAGUCUGUUUUAAGCAUACACAAAACAUUCAUGAAGGAAAACCAUCUGCCUCAUGUCACAGUGAGUCGACUCAUACCUGUAUAUUCACAAACACAAACCGGCCAUACAGUCAGUGAAGUUUGCUGUUGUUCAUUUGUUUCUGUUUGGACAUAAAAAUACUGUGACACUUCUGUGGCUCCUUGAAACUCAAAUUAAUUCAUGUGAGCAUCACUGGAUUUUGGUUUUAUUGCAGUGACGGGGAUCCUGUAAAAAAUUCUGGUUGAAAUAAAACAUUUCCUAAUGUUC